AACACUGCUCGGCAGAGUGACUGUGUGUGAGAGAGGUUGAGAAAAGUGCUGUGGUGACAGAGGAAGAGAGAGCAAAAGUGAGAGAGAAAGAGAUAAGCAUGCAAGAGAAAGCUGGGGAGGAUCUACUCGUUCGUAACAAACCUAUAAACCUUAAAAGCAUGCUGUAACUUUGUAUGGAAGGAGGAGUGGAGGUGGAAGUCAUUUUUGGAGGUCAUGGCAAACACCACUGCAUCUCCAUCUCUGAAUGACACCCAGUCUAACAUUGGCGAACCACAGAUGGUGCUGUUGGGCACACUCAUGUCCGUUCUUGUUCUGGUCAUCGUCUUUGGCAAUGUCUUGGUGAUUACAGCCAUUGGCCGCUUCCAACGACUUCAGACCGUCACAAACUGUUUCAUUACGUCACUUGCGUGUGCAGACCUGGUCAUGGGAUUGGUGGUGGUGCCUUUCGGCGCCCUUAACAUCAACCUUGGCACUUGGCAAUUCGGCAGAUUCUGGUGUAAUUUCUGGACGGCCACUGAUGUUCUGUGCGUCACGGCCAGUAUCGAGACGCUCUGUGUCAUCGCUCUGGAUCGCUACCUCGCCAUAACAUCCCCCUUCCGCUACCAGUCCUUACUGACCAAGUGCAGAGCUUGCAUCAUUGUGCUGCUGGUAUGGGUCAUUGCCGGGCUCAUUUCCUUCCUACCCAUCCAUAUGGAUUGGUGGAUUGCCAAUAGUACAAAAGCAAGGUGCUGCUUGAUGAAUGUUACCUGCUGUGACUUUCACACCAAUACCACUUAUGCCAUCAUCUCAUCCAUAAUCUCCUUCUACAUCCCUCUGGUCAUUAUGAUUUUUGUCUACAGCCGCGUCUUCCAGGAGGCAAAGAAGCAGCUGAAGAAGAUAUACAAAAGUGAGGGACGAUUUCAUGCUCAGAACAAUGGCAAAACUCAAGAAGUGGCAAGCAGCCACUGUGAGGCAAGGACCGCCAAGAAGCCCAAGUUCUGCCUGAAGGAACAUAAAGCUUUGAAGACUUUGGGCAUCAUUAUGGGUAUAUUCACGCUGUGUUGGCUCCCGUUCUUUGUACUAAAUGUGGUCAGGGCCAUAUAUGAACAAAAAUCCCCAAAAAUGGACCAUAUUGACCCUAUAUUCAAAAUCUUAAACUGGAUAGGUUACGCUAACUCAGCCUUUAACCCACUGAUCUACUGUAGAAGUCCAGAGUUUAGGUACGCUUUCAAGGAGAUUCUAUGCCUCAACAGAACACGCUACCCUAAUGUCAGGCCAGUCAAUGGAUAUAUAUACAGUGGGCACAGCUGGCAAAGUGAGCACCGAGGGCGAAGCAAAGGCAGCUCAGAGAACAGUGACACAGCUGGGGGAAACUUUGAGAAAGAGGGACGCAUGUCAGCAGAUAAAACGGACUCUAAUGGGAACUGCAGUAAAAACCUUACGAGUGUGUUAUAAAUCACCUUGCGAGUCCUGGCUCGUUCUACUGUGACUUCUCAAUGUGUCACAUAAGGACAGGUUAACCCUCCUCUGGUAAGUGACCAAUAGUAGGUGUGUGUUGGAAAAAGGGACUUUUUAAACAUUGGUUUUCCUCAUCUACCUCAUUGCUUUCUCUUAAGUUCACUUGCUCUGUUGGUUCAUUUCACCACUCGAAUAGGUUUGCGCACUCAAAAAGUAGUUUCAGCUAAAGAAAACAACAAACUAGAUGCUAAAAAUGUUUAGCAAUUCAGUUUUAAAUGAACAGGAAUGCUCACAGAGAUUGUAUUUCUUUGAUAGCAAUGAAAAAGAACUUUGAAGUGGAUGUUCAGUAAAGGGACCUCCCUCCUGAGUCAUGUUUCUGUCAUCUUGCAUAAAGUGAGGAACUGAGUUUCAGUUUUAAAGAAUGUUUGCUUGCAUUAGAUCAACAGAUUAAAUCAGGUAUUGCCGUCUGAAGCAUUUUCACUGCAACUUAGUUAAAUUUGGAUGCUUAAAUAUUAAAUCAUUCAGUCAUUCAGACUAGAACAAGCAUUACUUCACAUAAAGUAUCAGGUUCACUUCUGUAAAACAGGCCAUUUCUGAUGGUACAUAAAAAAAUACACCACAUAAAAAUUCUUACACCUGCCACAGCUCUGUUCUAACUAGUCUAGAGUACAUCUAAAAAUGUCUGGGUUAAAAAUUGACCCAAUUGGUAACUCAGCACAUAAACAACACCUCUUAUCACAAUGAAAGAGGAAGAGAAACCGCAUGUUCAUACCAGUUUGUUUAAGGAAAUUGCUGAAUUAUAUAGUUCAGUCUUUUAGUCAUGUGAUUGCUUAAGCUGAGUAUCCUUAGAUGGAAGUCAACAAAAAUAAACCAUUGUAUGCUAAUGCACGAUAUCGCAUUCUCACAGCAUAAACAAAUUCUCUAUCUCUUGCUUAAAAUGUGUAUGAUAACAGAACUUCUCUGGUGGCCUGUUUUGAUCUGCGUUAAGUCAUUUCGCGUCCCUCAGCAGGCACAGUCCUGAAUGCUGCCAAAUCCUAAUUAGUCACCCUAGGAAUGUUCUUAACUUUUUCCAGUACAAUUGAACAAAGUCCAUCAAGCUUCCGUGUAAAUCCCUGAGAAACAGUGUUUAUCAAAGUCAUUAUGUGACUCCCUCUCAAAAAAA